AUGAAUAUCACUGCAACCCUCAUCUCCUUGGCCGCCGCCGCCUCCCUCCUCAUCGUCGAGGCCCAGUCCCCCGCAGGAACUGCAAUCCCCCUCUCCUUGAAGCCCAACCACAAGCGCAACUUCCGUGCCGCGAUCGCAAAACUCGCUCACCGCUACCCCCAGCUCAACCUCGAGUCCCACCAUGCCUUCCUCCCUCCUGGCACCCCCAUCAACCACGGUGCCCGUGAUAAGGGUACCGGAUCUGGAAAGGUUCCUUUGGUUGAUGUCAGCACUGAUUCAGAGUACUAUGGAACUGUUCAGGUCGGUACUCCCGGCCAGGCCAUCCGUCUCGAUUUCGAUACCGGUUCCUCUGACAUCUGGUUCCCUACCUCGGAUUGCAAGACCAAGGCCUGCAAAGCCCACCGCCAAUUCAACGCCAAGAAGUCUACGACCUACAAGAAGGACGGUCGCCACUGGGAGAUCGGUUACGGAGACGGCUCCUCUGCCUCUGGAAUCCUUGCUUCCGACAUUGUGAACGUCGGUGGUAUCAAGGUCCGCCAAACCAUCGGACUCGCCACUAACGAAUCUGCCCAGUUUGCCUCCUCCCCCGAGGACGGUCUCUUCGGUCUCGGCUUCAACACCAUCGAAUCCGUCAAGGGCGUCAAGACCUUCCUUGACAACGCCAUCUCGUCCAAGGCUAUCGCCCAGCCUCUGGUCUCUGUCUUCCUCCCCUCCGUCCGUCGUAACGGCGGCAAGGGCGGCAACUACCUCUUUGGUGCCAUCGACAAAACCCGCUUCACCGGUUCCCUCAAGUACGUCCCCGUCACCCGCAAGGGCUACUGGCAGAUUCACAUCUCUAACGCCAAGUACAACAAGAAGGCCUUGAAGCAGGCCUCCGAGGGCAUCAUCGAUACCGGCACCACCUUGAUCAUCGUCGGAGACGCCGCCGCAAAGGCCAUCCACAAGAACAUCAAGGGCGCCGUCGAUGCCUCCAACGAUCCCAACAUCGGAGGCUGGACCGUCCCCUGUUCGCUCGCCAAGACCUCCAAGGACAACGUUGCCUUCACGAUGGGCGGCAAGGACUUCCAGGUCCCCGUUGCGGAUUUGGCAUGGUCUCCUUUGGACAGCACUGGCAAGGAUUGUUACUCGGGUAUCCAGGGUGGUCAGGAUGGAUUGUGGAUUUUGGGAGAUGUGUUCAUCAAGAACAACUACUGUGUCUUUGAGCAGUCUGCUUCCCCCCGCAUCGGUAUUGCUCCCCUCAAGUACUAG